UGAUACAACUUAUUGAGCUUAGGGGUUGUUGUAUAGGCUGGUUUUCCAAUUUUUACUUUCAGUUCCGAGAGAUAAGAGCUUGCAACGUUUCAACUCUUUUCUAAUACGAAGUGCUGAUACACGCUGAAGUGCAACAAUGGCAAGGCUGCAGACAAUCAGCGAGGAGGAGAUCCAGGAGAUGAGCAGUAGCCUGCAGUCGCGAGUGGUGACGGAGGUGGUCGCACAGGUGCAAGGCAUGCUGGGACAGCUGAGCUCCACCACGCUGGACAUUGCGGUCACGGGGGAGUCAGGCUCAGGGAAGUCCUCCUUCAUCAACGCCUUCAGAGGCAUUGCCGAGGACGAUCCCGGGGCAGCAAGGACCGGUGUGACGGAAACUACCCAGGAGAUCAUACCCUACGCCCACCCCUCUGUGCCCACCGUUCGCCUGUGGGACUUGCCGGGCAUCGGUACGCCCACUUUCCAGCCCGAGCAGUACCUGCAGGACGUGGGGCUGGCUAAGUACGACUUCUUCAUCAUCGUGGCGUCGGAGCGCUUCAGAGAGUGUCACGUGACACUGGCCAGCUGCGUGGCUCAGGCGGGGAAGAGGUUCUACUUUGUGCGCAACAAGGUGGACAACGACCUGGAGGCCUCUGCCAGGAGGAGAGGGCGUUUGGGGUUCAGCGAAGAGGCCAUUUUGAGGGAGAUGCGAGCCGACUGCGAGGCUGGCCUGCGGAGGAUUGGGGAAGGGCAGCCCCGGGUCUUCCUGCUGUCCAGCUUCCAGCCGCAUCGCUUUGACUUCCCCCUGCUGCACGAGACCCUCGAGAGGGAGCUGGAGGGCCAUAAGAGGCACGUCUUCCUCCUGGCACUGCCCAGCCUCACCACUGCCGCGCUGGAGAAGAAGCAACAGGCGCUGGCUGGGAGUGUGUGGCAGACAGCCAUGGCGUCUUGCCUCACCGCUGCGACACCAGGGGGCGCUGUUCACAGCAGCGUUCCCAUGCUUAUGAGGGAACUGCAGUCCUAUCAGCGCAGCUUUGGCCUCGACACAAAGUCCCUGCUUCGGUUGGCCAACAUGACAGGAAAAUCUUACCAGGAGCUCUACGGAGAGGUGCGCUCCACUUCAGGCAGGGAGCUCUGUGUGCAGAGUGUGGAAGGCAUGUUGUCCCAGGCGGCUUUGGGACAGCAGGUCCUGGUGGGUCUGCUGGAGAGCCAGGUCCCGGUGCUGGGCAUCAUCGUCUCUGGGGGGGUCUCCUUCAUUGCCUCGUACAGCCUCCUGAAGUCUGCCAUCAGGGACCUGCGCGAGGAUGCUGAGAGAGUGCUGCGCAGAGCUCUGGACGGUGCAGGCGUGGAGUCUAAAGACCCCCAAGAGGAUAUUUCAGACCCAGGAUACUUUUAUGGGGACUAGGGGAGCCAGAUGUGACCUGGGGUUUAGGUUGGGUGGCACUGGGAGGGAAAUCUGCAGAGGACUACAUUUUAAGAAAUGGGAUCCAGAUUGAAUUAGCCCGGCACAUUUUCACGAAGCAAUAAACGAUUCUGAUAUUUGGUGAACAGA